AUGUCUCGCAUUCUCCUCGGUCUUCUGCUCGUCAGCUCCGUGGCUUCCCUCGAUUUGAUCGGCAGAACUCAAUCUGCAGCCGUCAAGGGAAGACUGGUGUGCGAGGGAAAACCGGCAAGUGGAGUGAAGGUCAAGCUCAUGGAGUCGGACAGUUUGUUUCUGAUUCGUGGACUUUCAGUAGGCGUUCCCUUUUCCAGACAGCUUCGGCCCCGGAUUCCUCGACAGCGACGACAAGAUGGCUUCCGGAAAGGCCGACUCUAGCGGCACGUUCAACCUGAGCGGAUCCACGAAGGAGCUCACGACGAUCGAGCCGUACUUGGCGGUGUUCCACGAUUGCAAGGACGGAAUCACGGUGAGUCGGGAAGGCAAAUCAAACUAGUUUUUAUGAGAAAAACAAUUUGUGUGGCAAACGAACAAUAGACAUUCUCCGCUGUACUUUGAUGAUCACAAAGAACAAAAGAGUGGGAACGUUCAAUAUUCAUUGGUUUUUUGCAGCCAUGCCAACGUGUCUUCCGUGUCAACAUUCCGAAAUCGUACACGAACAGCGGCAGUGCGGCCAAACAGACCUACGACGCCGGAGUCAUCGAACUUUCCGGAAAGUAUCCGGGAGAGACAAGAAGCUGCCUCAACUAA